AUGCAAAAAGAUGAAUACCAUCAUUAUAUCCCAAGAUUCAUUCUACGUAAUUUUGCUAUUGACAAUUAUGAGAGGAUAUUCUCGAGUAAUAGGAAGCUAUUCACUCAGAAACAAAAAUUUUGGAAGUCAAAAAAGAAAGGAGAAUCUCUCCAAAUUUAUGAUAGAGCCAAUGAUCAAUUAUGUAUCUCUUUAAUUGCGAGAAUUUAUGGAGACAUAAACAUGUACAAAGAUCUUAAUCAUAAUGAUGCAAUGCGUGUGGAAAAGAAAUUAUCAAUUCUCGAAGAGAAAGCAUCAAAAGUAGUCAGAGACAUUAUCGAGACAUCUCAAAUGAAAAGUCAAAUUGUUUUGCUUAGGAAAGAUCUGGCUGACUUACGCAAGUUCCUCUUUAUCAUGGACUACCGAAAACCUUCUAGAAGAAAUCAGUUUGCAGAUAAGAGGUUUGAUAUUGUUACUGGGUCAAUGGUAGAAAAUUUUAUGCAGGAGCAUAAUUUACAAAGUUCGCAAGAAGUGUGGUUACAGAACGUUCGAGAAAUAAUAGAUACCCCACAUGAAGAUGUCAAAGACAACACACGAAUAUUCGUUGUAGAUAGAAUGGAUUACAGGCUUCGUAUGAUCGAUUGUUUCCUCGCAAUUUGGCAAGCUGGUGAAAAUGAUGAAUUUAUUAUGACCAGUAACUCAUUUGGACUUUUUGAAGGUAUAAAUUAUGAUGUACCUAUUCAAGUGGGAGGUUUUGGUGGACCACGUCAAAUAGCCUUCCAUUGGUUUUAUGUCAUCUCUCCAAAGUUAGCAGUGGUUCUUUGCGCUUCUGGAUUUCGAGAAGGUGUUGGAUUUGAAGCUUUAGAUAAAUUUCUUGGGUUUAAACAUCGAUCAAUUUUUAAAAAUGUUUCUCACCCACCACCAAUUCCAGAAUAUGUUGGUUUCAAAGAACCCUCUAAAUUAAGACCAGAAAGUGAAUUUGACAAACCUUUUGAUUUUAGAGAAUUUGACAAUCGGUUUGAUUGGUGGGCAAACCAAUCAGGUCUCAAAAAACAGGAUAACGACAAAUUUACCUUUACCUUUGUUAAAGCCAAUUCAGCCACUGUUCACCUCGUAAACUCUAUCUUGCUUAAUGAGGCUAACCCAGAUCUACAAUUGUCUUUCCUUUCUCUUCCAUAUCUUUAUAAAACAAUUGUCAAAUACUAUAAAAAUUUCAAGGAUAAUAACUUUAUGCCAUCACAGGACUUCUCGAAGAUGAAAAGGACUUUGUUUAUAGCAUUAAACAAAACUCAUAAAGAGGACUUGAAUCUCCGAAGAAAUAUUCUGGUUUGCGGCAAGUAUUGGAAUUUAUGUAAAUUUGAAUAG